UUAUCCGAAGCAGAUGUUUUGGGUGUACAAUUGCGAGCCAAGCUUGUUGUUUUAAGCUGCUGUUACAGUGGACGCGGAGAGAUCAAAGCCGAAGGCGUGGUUGGAAUUGCACGUGCCUUUUUAGGAGCCGGGGCACGUUCUGUUAUCGCGUCACUGUGGGCGCUGAGCGACGAAGCCACUCUGGAGUUUAUGAAACACUUUUAUGAACAUUUGGUAGAAGGGAAAAGUGCAAGUAAGUCGCUUCAUCAGGCCAUGAAAUGGAUGCGAGAGUCUGACAAGUUCAAUGCGGUGCAGUACUGGGCGCCAUUCGUGCUGAUUGGCGAUGACGUGACAUUGAAUUUU